UCCUGGGUGUGUGCAGUGAGUCAAUCCAGCCCGAGAGCGAAAACUCGGGAACACCUGGUCCGGGGCUGAGCCUGUCAUCUGUCACCUCGUUUGAAACUCUUACUCCUUGUUUUUUUACUGGACUGACUGAAAAUGGGAAACUACCCGAGCUAGUUUCUGAAGAGGACACAGAUUCAGGGGGGCUGUGCUAAAAUUGCCAGGUUGAGCCUUCAGUCACACCGUUUACCUCCAGAGAAGGACCCGGAGCACAGUGGACAUGCAGACCUUCCUGAAAGGCCGAAGAGUCGGCUACUGGCUCAGCGAGAAGAAGAUGAAGAAGCUGAAUUUUCAGGCCUUUGCUGACCUGUGCAGGAAAAGAGGAAUAGAGGUUGUUCAGCUGGACCUGAACCAGCCUCUGGAGGAGCAGGGACCCCUGGACGUAAUCAUCCACAAACUGACUGACCUCAUCCUGGAGGCAGACCAGAAUGAUUCCCAGGCUGUGCUGCUGGUUCAGAGAGUACAGGUCUACAUUGAUGCCCACCCUGAGACCAUCGUACUGGACCCUCUUCCAGCCAUCCGAACUCUGCUGGACCGCUGCAAGUCCUACCAGCUCAUCCACAGGAUAGAGAGCUGUAUGCAAGAUGAGAGGAUUUGUUCUCCUCCAUUCAUGGUCCUGAACUCCGAGUGUAGCCCAGAUGUGCUGGAGCAGAUCAGGAGGCAAGGACUCACAUUCCCCUUCAUUUGCAAAACACGGGUGGCUCAUGGAACCAACUCCCACGAGAUGGCUAUUAUCUUCAGCGAAGAGGACUUGAAGGACGUGAAACCUCCCUGUGUGAUCCAGAGCUUUAUCAACCACAACGCCGUGCUCUACAAGGUGUUUGUGGUUGGAGACUCGUACACUGUGGUGGAGAGACCUUCACUGAAGAACUUCCCUGCUGGACCUGCAGACAGGAAAGCCAUUUUCUUCAACAGCCACAAUGUCUCCAAACCAGAGUCAUCCUCAGACUUGACCACGAGAGAGAAUUUAGAGGGCGUGUCUCAGCCACCCAGCGAUGAUGUCAUCAGAGAAUUGUCGAGGUCACUGCGGCAGGCGCUGGGCGUGUCCCUUUUUGGCAUCGAUGUCAUCAUCAACAACCAAACAGGCCAACAUGCAGUCAUAGAUGUCAAUGCAUUCCCUGGUUACGAGGGUGUCCCGGAGUUUUUCAAUGACCUCCUGAACCACAUCACCAGCGUCCUCCAGAGCCACAACCCAGACUUCGCCCCCUCCUGUGAGCAGCCCAAAGCCUUGCCGGUGAGCACCACGGUACCUAAUGCUGCCCCGCCGGCCCCUGGCUGCUGCGGCAUGCUGGGAAAAGAGGCCAGCGGCAGCCCCUGGAUCGUGGAGGGUGACGGGGGCCUGAAGGGCCCACGUCAGAGACUGGGCUGCAACACGGCCAUGUCCCCCAACUUCCAACAGCACUGUGUGUCCACAAUAGCUACCAAGGCUUCCUCCCAGUGACUGACCCCCCCCAUGUCCUUACUCCGUUUGACCCCUGAACAAAGAAACGGAAGACGAUGGCGACAAUAAUAAUUAAUAAUAAUCAUAAUAAUUAUGAUGUUAAUGAUGAUAAUAUAUCUAAUCAAAGCAAACCCUUUCCUAUAUAGUUAUUGAAAAUGGUGGUGAUUGGGUGUACGCUUUUUUCUCUCUGCCUUUUUGUAUUUUUGGUUUAGUCUAAUGAGACUUAACAGUACUGUAAUGUGAACUUUUGGGAACUUUUGCCUAAUAGCUGAUUUUAUUUUUCUCUCUUGUAUGAGCUCUCUGUGAUGAAAGGGUCCAGGUAUGGUAGCCAUUCAGGACUGGAGAGAGAUGUGCCACUAGAUGUGCAAUGUAUGAUCAAUUGUGUCUCAAACAAAUGCAUAGAAACGUACAGGUACGCUUAGAUUGACCUGUGACGCGUGUUUGUUUCCAUAAUCCUUCUGACUUCUCUGAAGAGGAGAGGAGGUGAUCGGACAUUUGAACACUACUCCACAGAUCCAGGGCUGCUAUGUGACUUGGCUCCGAUGACGGAGGACAUAAUGAGUCUAGCUUAGAUUUGGUUAGUCUGAACAAAUGCUCUGAGUGCCAUUAGAUACACUUUAAGUGUAGAAAGAAUGCCUGAAAGAAAAAAAAAGCAUCUUCAAAGGUUAAGUAGAGGAAAGUUAAUCUCCAUGACUAUGUGACCAAGUUCUUGUUUUUUUUAAAUGAUCAUUGUUGCACCAAUGUUUAUAGGUCUGUGAGUGCGUUACUGUAUGACUGAUGUUAGGUGUUAAACAAACAAACCGCAUCCUUGUUUGAGUCACCCCAAGGAUUGCAUUCCUUUUUGUGUUUGUGGAUGUUUUCCAGAAAUUCCAUGAUUUUUUUGUCAUUAUUCCAGUGGGAUUUUGUGAGAUUUCUGUCAUCACAUUAUGGGUGUGUAAUCUCCUGACGCAGACUCUCUCACAUGUCUUCAGUGCUUCUAUCUACCUGUGCUGUGAGCUCAACGUAACCUAUCAGAACAGACUUUGGGGCUGCUGUGGUAUUUUAAUCAGAAAAACAAUAAUUCCUGAAAGGUAAAGAUUGGGUAUGAAAUAUUUUGAUACUGUUUAACGACAACAGAUCUAGAUUUAAAUUUCCCUGCCAAGUCUCUCUUGUGUUUCAGCUGCUGUAUUUUUGACACAAGUUAAAUCAUAAGGAGGGGAGGUGGAGAGGGGAAAUGGUCCAGCUCUUGUUCCCAGUGUUCACUGUGAGAUUUUUUUUACUCCACUUUUGUUAAUAUCUUUGUCCUGAAAUCUAAGAGCAACUUUAUUUUAUUGUGGGGAAAUGUUUUAUAUAAAUGAAAAGAAAAACAGGGGGAUGUUGUGGAGCAAACGGUGGAUUAUUUACUAGGGGUGUAGUAAAACUCUGGGUAUGGUUGCACAGGUGUCAAAGGGACAGAAUGAGCUUGUGGUUGAUGCUGUUGUCUUCCUCUAAUGUGUACUGGGAAGGAGUGCCAACUUGCAGUGAAAACAGAUUUAUGUUCCUCUGAGCCUGCUUUUGAUUUUCUCCAUCCAUAUCCGAGGGGACUGUCCGUCCUCUCGCUCGCCCUGUGAUUGUAAAUCCUAGUGUCAGAGCAGCCAUUUCACCAGCAUCUCUCUGGGACAUUCAGAGAGUUUUGAGUGUUGAUAAGCUAAAACACUUUUAAAUGUCACAAUGACGCAGCAGGUUUAGAGGAAACUGUCAUAUCCUUACCUCGCAAAAUCAAGAAUCGGGGCAACUUGAGGGUUCAUCCCUAUGUCACCUCUAUAUUGUGUAUCCCAUGUUGUGCUCCUUGUCGUGAUUCUAAAUGGGAAAUAAAUGGUUAAUCUUACCCUUGGUCAUUUCUGCAGCCCAGACAGUAUCAUCACGCUCCCAGCUUCCACCUGAAUGUUUACGUCUUGGGUGUCUUGUACAGUACGUGUAUAUAUGCCUAGGCUUACAUCCGUACAGUAUGUUGUUUUGUAUCAGUUCUGUAAUCGAGAAAAAUCCACAAUUUUGUGACCUUUUUUUAAUUAAAUGGCCAUAACAACAGGGCAAAAUAAACAUGUGAAACCUU